AUGCAUUCUUCGUGCUCCCUUUUCAGCGAAUGGGCCAGGCCUGAGCGACAACCCCUCAGUCUGGACGAGGCGGCGGCUGCCGCUUCAGUGGUAGCAACGGCCUGUUCCGGUACCAUGUCUUCGGGGGGUGGCGGGGGCGUCGGGCGCCACCAGGCGUCAAGUAGGACUGCUCUGGGUCAGGGACCCCCGCCCUCAGCCUGCCGGUUGGCGACUGCCCCCGGUGCGGCUGGCAAUCCGCGCCGAAAGAUGGCACGUGGCGUCGCUGCUGCCGGCAAAUCGAACCCGGUCUCCACCACUUCGCCUGUCCUGUCGACACCUAGCAACAGUGGAAACGUCACGGCCAACAACAGCUACAAGACUUCGACUCCAUCCGGCACACAAACACACUUCGCUUCGCCGCCCCAGAGCGCCGUGGCAGCCUCAUCCUCCUCCUCUUUUUCUCCACCCACCAGCCCCAGCUAUUCGCGCCAACAACAACUCUCCCAGCAACAACAUCCUCGCUCUGCAAAUCAUCAAUAUCAAAAGUACCUUCACCAUCAUCACCAUCAUCAUCAUCAUCAUCAUCACUCACUUCAGCAGCAGUCGCAGCAGCCAAAGCAACAACAACAGUACAGCCUGAGACCGGCCAGCUCUGCACUGCAGACGCCCGGAAAACAGGCGCUCGGAAGACCGGUCCCGGUUGCCCGCGCCGGGCUUCAGAAGCAGCCGCAUUUCGUCUCUCCUGGCAACCAGCGCAAGCCGCAUACUCGAGUUCACUUCAGCGACGGGGAAUUGGACGACUGGAGAGGCAAUGAUGAGGGCUCUGGCUCCGAAGAUUCUUAUAAUUAUGUAAUUUUGCCCUCACUUCUUACAUGCGAUGCGUACAUGCGAAUUUUAUAG